UAGUUUAUUUGUAUGUAAAUGAUUCCUCAAUAAAGUUGAUGAGAAUAUGUAUAUGUAUACGCUUACAUACAUACAUACCCCAGGCACAAUACCAGUUUUUUCCCAUCUCCCUUCUAUACCCCACCCAACCUUGUCACCAGAAAAACAUGUUGGGCAAAAUAGGUCCUCCUGUUUCCAUUCAAUAUAGAGAAGUGAAGAUUCUAGGGAAAAAAUUAAAAUUUCAGAGGGAAAAAACUCAUAUUAUUUGGUUGCUUUUAAAAAUUAGAAAUAUUAACUUAUUUUGAGACUCUAAGUAUACCUUCACCCACAAAGAUAGAAGAAAGUAAAACAAAGAAAAAAUGCCACUGGCACAUGGUGUGUGUUAAAAAAUGUUUAUCAGUUUUGAAUUUAGUUGUCAGCCAAUUUAUAUUAGUAAAAGUUUCUUUAGAUCAAGUUUCAAAGCCAAAAACAAAAGGGAUGAUCAUCUCACAUUUAGGAUUUGAUGGUGGGAGAUUGUUUCACAUGCUGCAGGUAAACAAUAACCAUGAUUUGUUUCAGGACUGACCCUGAGACCUCACAGAGAACAUCCAUACUACAACUUAGUUUAAGAUUCUUAUACAGCCUUGCUUUUCACCUGCCCCAAUAAUAUAGGUACCACGAAAACGGAAUGGUUGGCAUUUAGAAAUACUGUACUCUUACCAGCUAAAUCAAUAAACAUGUAAGUAAAAGGGGUAGAAAAAUAUGUCUACGCCAAAUUUUUGUUUUGUAAAGUCCAGGAAAAGAUAAAUGUGAAACACUAGAAAACAUAGAACAUCUUGCUAAUAUUUGUACAGAAAGUGAGAGAAUGGACAGUAUUGCAAGAGGAUUUUUUUGUGUGUUCAAUGCAGAUGUUGACAUUGAGACAGGAAUUUUUUUCUCUUCACUGAAUUUGAUAUUUGUAAAGUCACAAUUGGUGAGGGAUGGUGAAAUUAGGCACACAGAAUGGGGAAAUACUGGGAAAGGUGAAUAAAAAUAGUCAUUUGAAUUUCUGAAUAUAAUGUUGGAAAAAAGUUGUCAUAGAUCUUGAUUAUCAACUGGAUGGAUAUGAAACCUCAACUGGGUACCUGGAAGGAUCAUGGUCCCAAUUUUGGGCAAUGUGAAACUGAUCCAAAAUAUUGUGCCAAAAUUUUACUGUUGGUAUACAAAUGUAAUAGAAAACAAAAGUUUCCUGUACUCAAAGACCCUAGGUUUUAUCUCCACUGACAUUCAUCAAUUGUAGUUUAAGUGCCUUGGUUGGCUGGUAUAUUCAUUCCGGGAGAUUCUGGAAUAAGAAUCUAAAGAAACAUUCUUAGUCCUGUUGCAAAAAAAGUCAUGUUUACAAUCAAGAAGUAGUUUAGGCAUAGGGAAGUCUUGCUAUUUAAUGUAAUUAGCAUUAAGUACUAUAAAAGUUCUCCACACAUUUCUCAUAUAUUCCACAUCAAGUAGAUUAAAAUGUUACCCCUUUUUCAUGUUCCAGCAACUUUGAAACAGAACUCUUGACUUCUAUGGGCGAGUGAGAUUCUAUGAACUGUUUUCCCACUAAGAACACAGAAAUGAUAUCAGAGGGAUCACAAUCACUUUGAGAGACAUAGGAUGAAACAAAAAUCAAUGAUGUUGACUAAGAGUUAGGAGCCAAUCAGAUAUAAGUCUGAAAUAUUACAUGGCACUCAAUCAGAAAGUUCAAUGUGAUUUGGGACCAUUUAAGCAAUGGGAUUAUAUAACAAACAAGGGGAAAAUGGGAUGCCUUAACCUGCAAUAUUGGACCUUAGGACUGAAAAGAAAUAAGCAACUGGAGGGAAUCCAGAGAAGAUCAUCUACAGUUAUGGUUUUAAAGCAAAAUAUGAACUGUACAGUGUAGCCAAACCACACAGUCAGACCCAAGGGGCAUGAUAAAAAUCUACAAAUAACUUGGGGGUCUAAACACCAAGGGUAAAAAGGAAUUUUGGCUGGAGAUAUGAAAAGUUUCAAGGGAUAAAGUUAAGGAAAGGGAAAUUUAGGUUAAGCAUCAGAAUAUAUCCUUUGAUAGUAAGAUGUGUUUGUAGAAGAGUCUCUCAAGGGAAUAGAAAUAAUACUGAUGAGUUUUCUAGGAUCCCUGAUAAAAGGAUACCUUGAUGUCAGUCCAAGGAUUCUAGAAAUUUCAUUGGAAUAUUCUUGUGCCAAAACCAGAUGGAAUAGAUAGUGUUAGGUUUUCUUUUUAAAUCCUGAAUUAACUAUGAUAAUUAUAAUGGGGAAUAGAUAGUGAACAGACUGUUCUGCCCUUUAAAAAAAAGGUAUCCUAAGGCUUUGUUUAACUUAUCCUCUCAGGAAAAAAACACAAAACAAUAAGCAAACAUGGGCACUACUUUUCAAUAGCAAAUAUCCUAAUAGAGGAGCAAGUCUGAGAAAUUUGGUUCUUCAAGUAUAUAUACUUAAAACCAUUUAUUUCUAGACUACCAACUAUAUUGCUUCUGAAGCUUGCUGAUGAAUAAUAGGAAGGAUUCUGGAAAUCAAUUAACAAAACCACCAUUUUUGAAAUUGGUAAACAAAACCCAUAAAUCUUCCUUAAUUGAAUUUGGCAUAACCUGGCAGUCAAUCAGAAAGUCCACUGUGACUUGAGUCUACAUAGGCAAAGGGAUUAUAUAACAAAUAAGAGUCAAAUAGGAUGCCUUAACUAGGAAUGAAUGAAUCCACCAUCAUGGUGGCUGCAAUAUAAACCUAAUAACAGACUGAAAAUCAAAAUAGUUUUAAAAAUAUUUUAAAAGUCCAAAUAAUUUUCUUACAAAAUCUUCCUAUCCAGAAAAGCCACUAUAUUUCCCAUGUGUUUUAGAAACACACAUACACUGAGUUUUUAAAAGGAGCCCCAGCUUAAUUGGAUGAUUAGUUAAAACAAUUUUCAUUGUUGGCAACAGUGAAGCAAGUUUGAGGCAAAUGGAAGGUCAGGCACGGUUGGAAACAAGAUGAUGAAUUAACUGGCACAUGUCUGCUUCAAGCCCGAGGAGUGUCAAUAGAAGAGUGCCCCUGUUCAGUGGAUCUCUGACAUCCAUGACUAAGAAUGUAUGCCUUUGUGCCUGAAGGGCAUUCAUAGUAGCCCUCCACAAUCAUGGCAGGGGUGCAUUUUCAACCCCAUGGUCAUUGUAUGGGCUUAGAGAAAUAGAACUUAUAUGAAUCAUCAAUUACAUUUGUGCAACCACCUUGAGUUAUAAGUGUUUGUGUGAAGUGUGACUCUGUUAACCAUCUACUCCAAAUGCCAAAAUCCAAUGAGGCAUAACCACCCAAUGAGGCAUAACUAUACAAUGGUAUCCCAGUGGUAGAGAGACAUUAAGUGUUUUCAUUACAAGUGACAAGUUAAACGGUAUUGUUACUAAAGAAAGGACAAGCAAGACCCACCUACUUUUACUUCAAAUGUGAAUUGUAUGAGGAGGGAAGAAAGCCAACACCAACAAUCCCCCAAAUGUAACUUGGCAUGAGUAAUCAGGCCUGGAAGCAAGAGAUCUUAAAUGCCAUGCCUCUUAGCAGCACACCUGAUUGACAGCCACUGAAAAUACUUAGGAGGUUCAGGGUGAGAAGAGACGGACCGCGAUGGCUGGUGGGAAAUUAGAAUCUCUUUUUGUCUUCAGGCAGUAGAUUAAAGCUGCCAGAAGGAACUCCCAGGCUGCAGCUUGUCCCGCAGCAUUUACAAAAAAAAAAAAAAAAAAAAAAAGUAUGGGCAAGGUCCCCCGAGUCCGACCCCCUUUGGCGAGGCAUCAGGUUCUCUUUCUAAUUAGAUUUCAUGACGUGUCUCCUCCUAGUUGAACACCUAAGAACAUCCAAGUAAAUUGAUUUCCUCCCUGAAAAUGUAAUAGGGAAUAAAGAAAGUCUUCCAAAAUCAAAUUUGGAUAUAAGACGAGUGCUUGUAUCGAACACCUGUAUUUACAGCGUCAUUGUAAGAUUUUUGUUUCUUAAUAAAAGACACGGUAAAGGAAAGUCACUUUUACAUUCUAUAAAAUUCUCUUCACCUCUAAGUGGUAAAAGAGGCCACAGAAACACAAAUAGAAGUAUGCAAGCAUUUCCACAUUCUGUCUGCUCCCUGCUGAGAUGGUUGUAUUAAAUAAGAUGCUUUGCAAAACUGAAAUGUUAGGUCCAAAAGUCCUCCAGGAGGCGGGCGAGGCUUUGCGCUUUACAGAUUCCAGGGGUCGACCCCGGGAGAAGUUGUUCCCAGACUCAUCUCUAAAGCUGAAAUAUUGACUUUGCCAGCGUUUCCCAGCUUCCCAGGACAGUGGCCUCUGCGCAGAGGUGUCUUGGAGCAAAACGCAGAGCCAGAUGGUUUUGUGAGCACCACUCUCCGCAGCCUUGGGGCAGUCGCUGUGCCCCCCGCCCGCCCCCUGCCUGGCCUCACUUACCCCUCCUCCUUAUGCACUGUGCUCGUGACCCUUGCCCGGUGAGGACCCCUCCCCUUCCACUUUUCUUAGUAAGUCCCCAUCUCUUGCCCAUUCUUAGGCAGCCGGCAGCCACUACAUCUGAACUGAGUUCUAUCCUUUUUUUAAAACAAAAACAGCAGGAGGGGGAAAGGGAAGGCUGGAGAUUUAACUCCAACUUCAGAGAAACCGUCUGGGGCUGCCCAUCUGACACCAGUGGGUGGGGUGCAAUCUGACACUUCCUUUCCUUUCCAGAAACGUGAGUGGAGCUGGCGUGCCCCUUGAUCUGGGGGAGGGGAGACGGGGCAGAAGGUCCGCACUUCCGUCCUCACGACUUUCUCCCCUGGAAACCUGGUAUCAGUGGCCAGCUGCCCUUCCUCUGCGCUGCUCCCAGGUUUGGCGCCCGGAAAACUCCUUCACGUUCUGCUUUCUCCUCCGGCUCCUGGCUCAGCCCUGGCGUUCCUCCCGCCCUACUCGUCCCUGCCACCCCUUUCCCGCUGCCUCUAGCGUGAGCGUGCGGGACGUCCUCUCUGGUGGAACAUGGGCACCCGCCCCUGGGACUCACUCCUGAGCUCUCUCCUUCACGAAUAGCACUGAGGGCAGCCGGGAAUCCUCUCCCACCGUAGUUUCUCAGCCUCGGAAGGCCCUGGGCACAGCGUGCUCAGUGUCCCCACUUUGCAGCUAGCAGAGGCCCCGCGGGAACCUUGAGCUCAGAGAUACUCUUGAACCUCGGCAGUCGGAAGAGUGGGCGCAGCGGCCCAGCGGAGACGAGAUGCGCAGCCGCAGGCUCUAGGGUACAGCGAGGGUGCACCGAGGGCACAGCUCGAGCGCCUAGCUCGGGCGCGGGAGGAAGUUCCUCUAGCGGCGCGGGGAGCGCGGUGGACGCGCCCUGGGCGCACGCCCAGGCAGCCUCCUGCCCAGCCCUCGGGACUGUCCUCAGGCCGCGAGGAGGAGCUUGCCGGAGUCUUCGAGGCUAUCCAGAGCCAGCGAGCGGGAGCGCGUAGUCUCCCGCCUCAGCUGGGAAGGGGGAGUGGCGCUGGCGGGCUGGAGCUGGGAACCAAGCUAGCGUCUGAUCUUCCUCCUCCUCUUCCUUACCCUCUUUGGGACUUGGGCUCUGGUGGAAGGUUCUAGCGGCUGCAGGAGCCCCCCAGACUCCUUUUCCUAGAAGGCUGGUGAUGGAUCUCCUGCUUCUGCGUCCGCCGGGGCACUUGGAGCGCACUGGCGGCGCGUGAGCCGGGCAUUGCCCUCAACCUCCCUCAGCGGGCACCGGGCGGCCCCGCCUGGUAGCUUUGCCCAAGCCCCCUUUCCUUUUCCAACUCAAAGCCGCCAGCGUUCCAAGAGGGAGAAGAAGGUAGCCCUCGGGCACUGCCCCACGGAGAUGUCAGCGCAGAGCCUUCUCCACAGCGUCUUCUCCUGCUCCUCGCCUGCCUCAGGCGGUCCGGCCUCAGCCAAGGGCUUCUCCAAGAGGAAACUGCGCCAGACCCGCAGCCUGGACCCGGCCCUCAUCGGCGGCUGUGGGGGCGAGGCAGGCGCAGAAGGCGGUGCUCGAGGGGCCACUUCAGGCCGCCUCUACUCCCCACUACCCUCAGCCGAGGGUCUCGGUCCCCGCUCAGCAUCUUCUCCCCGGGGCCCGAACCCCCGGGCCACCCGGCCACCGCCGCCCAGACCCCUUUGCUCGUCCUUCUCUACACCCAGCACCCCACAGGAGAAGUCACCAUCUGGCAGCUUCCACUUUGACUAUGAGGUCCCCUUGGGUCGCAGCGGCCUCAAGAAGAGCAUGGCCUGGGACCUGCCAUCUGUCCUGGCUGGGCCGGGCAGUGGCCGCAGCGCUGCAAGCAUCCUCUGCUCCACCGGGGGAGGUCCCAAUGGCAUCUUCACUUCUCCCAGGAGGUGGCUCCAGCAGAGGAAGUUCCAGCCCCCACCCAACUGCCGCGGCCAACCCUAUGUCGUGUGGAAGUCGGAGGGUGACUUCACCUGGAACAGCAUGUCUGGCCGCAGCGUGCGGCUGAGGUCGGUCCCCAUCCAGAGCCUCUCAGAGCUGGAGAGGGCUCGGCUGCAGGAAGUGGCUUUUUAUCAGUUGCAGCAGGACUGUGACCUGAGCUGUCAGAUCACCAUUCCCAAAGAUGGACAGAAGAGAAAGAAAUCUUUGAGAAAGAAACUGGAUUCACUAGGAAAGGAGAAAAACAAAGACAGAGAAUUUAUCCCACAGGCAUUUGGAAUGCCUUUAUCCCAAGUCAUUGCGAAUGACAGGGCCUAUAAACUCAAACAGGACUUGCAGAGGGAUGAGCAAAAGGAUGCAUCCGAUUUUGUGGCUUCCCUCCUCCCAUUUGGAAGCAAAAGACAAAACAAAGAACUCUCAAGCAGUAACUCAUCUCUCAGCUCAACCUCAGAAACACCAAAUGAGUCAACAUCCCCGAACACCCCAGAACCAGCUCCUAGGGCCAGGAGGCGGGGUGCCAUGUCAGUGGAUUCCAUCACCGAUCUUGAUGACAAUCAGUCUCGACUACUAGAAGCUUUACAACUUUCCUUGCCUGCUGAGGCUCAGAAUAAAAAAGAAAAAGCCAGAGAUAAGAAACUCAGUCUGAAUCCCAUUUACAGACAAGUACCCAGACUGGUGGACAGCUGCUGUCAGCAUCUAGAAAAACAUGGGCUCCAGACAGUGGGGAUAUUCCGCGUUGGAAGCUCAAAAAAGAGAGUGAGACAAUUACGUGAGGAAUUUGACCGUGGGAUUGAUGUCUCUCUGGAGGAGGAGCACAGUGUUCAUGACGUGGCGGCCUUGCUGAAGGAGUUCCUGAGGGACAUGCCGGACCCCCUUCUCACCAGGGAGCUAUACACAGCUUUCAUCAACACUCUCUUGUUGGAGCCGGAGGAACAGCUGGGCACCUUGCAGCUCCUCAUCUACCUUCUACCUCCCUGCAACUGCGACACCCUUCACCGCCUCCUCCAGUUCCUCUCUAUCGUGGCCAUGCAUGCCGAUGACAACGUCAGCAAAGAUGGGCAAGAGGUCACCGGGAAUAAAAUGACAUCUCUAAACUUGGCCACCAUAUUUGGACCCAACCUGCUGCACAAGCAGAAGUCAUCGGACAAAGAAUUCUCCGUCCAGAGUUCUGCCCGGGCUGAGGAGAGCACAGCCAUCAUCGCUGUGGUGCAGAAGAUGAUUGAAAAUUAUGAAGCCCUGUUCAUGGUUCCCCCGGAUCUCCAGAACGAAGUGCUCAUCAGCCUCUUGGAGACCGAUCCUGAUGUCGUGGACUACUUACUCAGAAGAAAGGCUUCCCAGUCAUCAAGCCCUGACAUGUUGCAGUCGGAAGUUUCCUUUUCCGUGGGAGGGAGGCACUCUUCUACAGACUCCAACAAGGCCUCCAGCGGCGACAUCUCCCCUUAUGACAACAACUCCCCUGUGCUAUCCGAGCGCUCCCUGCUGGCUAUGCAAGAGGACGCGGCGCCGGGGGGCUCAGAGAAACUUUACAAAGUGCCGGGGCAGUAUAUGUUGGUGGGCCACUUGCCGUCUUCAAAGUCAAGAGAGAGUUCUCCUGGACCAAGGCUUGGGAAAGAUAUGUCUGAGGAACCUUUCAAUAUCUGGGGAACUUGGCAUUCAACAUUAAAAAGUGGAUGCAAAGACCCAGGCAUGACAGGUUCCUAUGGAGACAUUUUUGAAAGCAGCUCCCUACGACCGGGGCCUUGCUCCCUUUCUCAAGGGAACCUGUCCCCAAAUUGGCCUCGGUGGCAGGCAAGCCCCACAGAGCUGGACAGCGGCACACAGGUCACAGGGAGGACUCAGGCCCCGGCCCCGGCGGCCCCCGCGUCGCGCGUUUGCAGCACGCCCCCCUUGCGGGUCGCCGAGCCGCACUUGACCCUGAGCAGCGCCCAGGACCUCACCGAGAGCGAGCCGGACGCCGCCUGGCUGCAAAGCCAGGCCCCUCCUCCGUGCCAGAGACCCCGAGGCAGCGGGAGGGGCGACAAGAGGCCCCCUCCUCCCUACCCGGGCCCGGGCAAGCCCGCCACCGCGUCGCCCCAGCAGCCCCGAGCAGGCGCGGGCCGGGCCGUGGACCCGGGGAGCCAGACGGCCGAGCGGGGACCACGGAGAAAACUGAGCAGCGCCCACUGCCCAGCCGCCGGCGAGCAGGACGGGCGGAAGCUGGGGGAAGCCGGCUGGCUGGACUGGCAGAGAGAGCGCUGGCAGAUCUGGGAGCUGCUGUCCGCGGACAACCCCGACGCCCUGCCCGAAACGCUGGUCUGAGCCGCCCCCCGGCGCCGCCUCUUCGUCCUCUUUUCACACUUUCCAGAAGCAACAACACCAGAGCAACCCAGCUCACUAGCAGACGCAGAGCGCUCACACCCUCGCCACUGGGAAUCAGAUUCUAUUGCAUAGCCAGCCUUGGGAAACACCAAAAACACAACCAAAAACGGAUGGCAAUGUCCAAUUUAAAAACCACCCUCUUGGCUCUAUAUAAGAUAAAACCCUUGCUUUGGGAUAGCUUACUUGUUGUAUUUAUGUGUCUCCAGUUUUGACUAUUGUAUAUUCUGUAACAGAUUAUGUAUGAUAAUCAUAUAUGAUAUAUUCACAGAGAGAAAGCAAAAGGAACAAUUUUUUUUGAAUCACUUCACUUGUAUUAAGCAAUGAGAAAUACUAAGCAAUGAGAUUCUAUAGAAUGUUCUAGAAUGCACAAGCAGGUUUCUGUGCUUUUGCCAUAGCUUUGAACUGGGGACAGCCCUUCCUUCAAUGCCUAAGGAAAACACUAAGAAAAGAAAACAAAACAGAAUAUGAGAAGCCAUAUUUUUAUAUAAGUAGUGAGAUACAAAAAGUUUAUAGUCACUGAAUGCCUUUUCAUAUGGAAUAAGGGCUAAGGAAGAUAUUAAAUUUGAUACAUUAUGAGAUAUAUUUUUAGAAACUGUUUAAAAGGAUUCAGUUAAACAAGAAAAAGGCCGUGCCUAACACAAAAACUAAUUAAGAAGUCCGUCCCAUUUUAGGUCAAAUUCAACUUUAUAUAGACCAUAUAUAAUAUAUAUUUAUGAUGUAUAAUUUUUAUGUGUUUUGCAAAACUAUAAACUGGAAUCCAAACUAUAAACUGUUUAAGAAUCUAUAGAACAUGAUUUUCCCUUUGCCUCAUAACCAGUAUUAACCAAAUUACAUGCAAUUCUUUAUAAAUUCAGUCAUAUUUGGGCUAAAAACUACAGCUUUGUGCUUACAUUGUGCCAAAGGCUGAGGAAAUGUUUUCUUCGGUAAUAUUGUGUGUAUUGUAAAAUGUUCCUACUGUACUUCAGUAAGUUUGAAGUUUUUCAACUGCAAAACCAUUUUUGACCAGCAGGUGGCGACUUGCUUCAGUAUUUUAUGAGUUUUUUCACUUAAGAAGGGAAAGUGUAUUAUAGAAAAGUAACUUUUUUUUUUUAUAAAACAUGCUACUCUCAAUUUUCAUGUUGGUGAUGAAGUUUCCAGUGGUGUUUCUUAAAGUUCUGUCUUGUGCCAUGAUGAAUAAAAAGUUAAGCAAA